GCAGUACCCCCGGCAGCCCAGCGGAAGAUAUUGCGCUUCGAGAGGCAGCAUGACGUGGACCCUCGUGUCUCUGCUGACGCUGCUCAGUGGAACAGCUCUCGCCAGCGCAGCCUCCUCCCUCGCCUCAGAUCGUGAUGUUAUAGACCCGGCCAAGGCGUGGCUGUCGCAUAGGGCGGCUCACUGGGCCAACAUGUACCUGCCGGGGACGGCGCCCGAGAACUCCACGUGCCAGAGGGCCCUGCAGGCGAUGGCGGCGUCGCUGGCGGACAACACCACGCUCUGGGCCGCCAAGUUCGUGGACUCGUGGGCGAAGGUUCCUGACGGCCUCUACAUGGGCAACUGGGCGCUGGAGGGCGUCUACGACGAGUGCGUCGGCGCCUCCUCCCCCGACGGCGGCGUCCGGGGAAAGUUCUGCCGCGUCUUCGUCUUCGAGAACGGCAGCCGCGAGGGCGCGCGGACCGACGGAGGCUGCGGCGCCGACGCCCUCGACGCCCGCUCGGGCCUGCAGGCGCGGCUGCCCCCCCUGUUCCCCACCAGGUUCGACCUCGCGCCCUUCAAGACCUACAGCACCUGCAUGCCCGACGCCUGCACCGAGCACGAACUGCAGGAGAGUGUGUCGGCUGCGCUGGCGGACUCGAGCCUGGGGGUGCGGCGCGUGCAGUGCCACACGCUGCACGAGGCCCCGGAGUUCACCGCCGGAGACAUCGCCUUCAUCGCCCUCCUCAGCGCCCUCCUCUUCCUCAUGGUGGCUGCGUCCGCCCUCGACGUCUACCUUGAGAGGACGCACGACGAAGCCAUCGCCAAAGGCGCCGCCCGCUUCCUGCUCCCCUUCUCCGCCUACACCAACCUCAGCAAACUGUUCCAGCUGAACACCACCAGGUCUUCGGAAAACAUCACCUGCCUGCACGGGAUCAGGGUGCUGUCCAUGAUUUGGGUCGUUUACGGGCACCAGCACCAAGCGGGAGCGAGCUUCACUGCCAAUUUACUUAUGAUGUUUCCUAAAACCUCAGGCUUCCUGUACCAGAUCGUCAGCAACGCUUUCUUCAGCGUCGACUCCUUCUUCUUCCUCAGCGGCUUCCUCGUCUCCUACGUCCUCCUGAGGGAAAUGUCGAGGACCGGCAGGUUCAAUGUCGCCAUGUUUUAUCUCCAUCGGUUCAUCAGAUUGCUCCCCCCGAUCGCCCUCGCCACGGGCCUCUUCGCCACCGUCGCCCGCUUCUUCCUGACGGGGCCCUUGGCGGACAGCUGGACCUACUGGCAGAAGGGCUGCGCCGUUAACUGGUGGAAGGACCUCGUCUUCGUCAACAACUUUCUCUUGGAGGAGGAUGACCCUGAAGCGGGAGCCGACUGCAUAGGCCAAGCAUGGUACCUGGCCGUGGACACGCAGCUGUACCUGGUGGCGCCCUUGGUCAUCCUGCCGUUGCACUACUUCAAGGCGGCAGGUCUGUUGUGGCUCUACGUCGUGACCUUAUCCUCCGUCGUCAUCCCAGCGGCCGUGACCUAUGCUUAUGACCUCCAGCCGUCCUUUCUCAUGGGGAAUCCAAACGGUUUCGAAUUCUUCAAGAAAGUCUACGUGACCCCUUGGUGCCGCGCGGGUCCCUGGCUCGUGGGCGUCUGGCUGGGCUACGUGUUCCACAAACAAGGCCAAAGGGAGGUUGUGCUCAGGAAGUGGCAGGUCGUGGCCGGCUGGACGACGUCGACGGUCGUGGCGCUCCUGCUGGUGCUGGGGUUGUGGAGCUACAACGUGCUGCCCCCAAAGGCGCAGUACGACGUCGUGACGCAGGUGACGUACGCGGGGCUCAGCCGACCCGCCUGGGGCGCCGUGCUGGCUUGGGUCGUUUACGCCUGUCACUUCGGCUAUGGAGGUCCUGUCGACGGCUUCCUGUCCCAUCCCUCGUGGCAGCCCAUCAGCAGGGUCACCUACUCCACGUACCUGGUGGCGAUGCAGAUCCAGUACCUCACGACCUAUACGUCUAAGGCGCCCUUCUACUUCACGCCCCUCAAUGUGCUGAUGCAGACGGCGGCGGCGCUGGUGGCCUCGGGCAUGGUGGGUGUGGUGCUGUCCCUGACGGCGGAGGCGCCCGUCAUCGGCCUCGAGAAGCUCCUUCUGCGGCGUCCAGGACGCGGCGGCGGCGGCGGGCGCGGCCCCGAGGCCCCCGGGCGCGACAACAAGGCCUUUGAGGGGGACAUGGAGGAGCUCCCCCGGGUGGGAACUUCCGAGGGCGGCCCAGGCGCCCACGACGGCGCCGUCGCAGGACAGGAGACCGUCACCAAGUUCUGAGUCACUUGAGGCCUCCGAUCAGGUGGUUGCCAGCCUUUGUCGGCCGCGACAUUAGAUGCAGCCUUGACUGAACGAGCGACCCUGAAGGGGUAGGAACAAUUACAGCUUUUUCGUGUUUGUUAUAGUUGCAGAUGAUUCUGGACGGACGUUAUUCUAUCUACAUAAAUUCAAAUUACUAAAA